UUGGCCCUGUAAUUAAGAACCAAUCCUCCUGCUCAAAGCAAUAGGUAUUCCAGUUCAUCAUCAUGGGCCAAACACCGAGGUGAUUAGUCCCUCUGCAGCUAAUUGGAGCUGCUGGUUGGAGCUGGGGGCCUGGCCCAUGCUGCCUCCUGCAACCUCAAGGCAAUUCAUUCCCCUGGGAGGAGCAUCCCUGUGCCCAGCCCAGCAGGAUUCCCUGCUCUGGCAGCUCACACACCUGCCCGGAGCCCAUCCCAGCUCCAUCUCUCCCCACCCUUAUGCAGACGAGGUCCGUGCCCUGGCUGGAGAAGCAGGCCAAGCAGAAAUUGUUUCCCUUUCGUUUCUUUACCCAACUUCACCUGCUGUUUUCUCUCCCUCAUGCCUUUCCUUGGGAAUGACCACAGUUGACAUUAAAAAAAUGGUGGCAGUCGCUUGGUUUUCUUUCGAUCCUUCCUCUGCCCACGCUGACAUCAUCUUUUCUAAUGACAACCUGACUGUCACCUGCAACAGCUAUGAUGACAGGGUUGUGCUGGGGAAAACGGGCUUUUCCAAAGGGCUCCAUUACUGGGAGCUGUCGAUCGAUCGAUACGAUAACCACCCCGACCCGGCCUUUGGCGUGGCACGCAUUGAUGUCCUCAAGGAUGCCAUGCUGGGCAAGGACGACAAGGCCUGGGCCAUGUACGUGGACAAUAACCGGAGCUGGUUCAUGCACAACAAUUCACACACCAACAGGUACGUGCUCUGGAAACGGGGUCUUCCUCCCAGAGACCACAGCCCAAGUAAGAGCUUGUCGAGUGGCACCCACAGGUGCCCGCGGGAAGGGUGACGUGGCUUCUAGUCGCCUCUGUCAGAGGAUGUGCCCUCACCCGAGGGGAAGGACAGCCCAGGGCAGUGGUGCAUUCCCCAGCA